CGAGCAGAACCUGGAAACACAAAACAUAUGUAUCUAGAUCGCCAUUUGGAUAAACACGCUUUAAUGUAAACAGUUGGGCGAAUGUUUGUUCGUCCAGGGAAAGCACCGAAGGUCCCCAUCUAAUUGCCAAUCACCUAAAAGUUCUUAAACUUCCGUCGCAUAUAUAAAAGUUUACUAUGAGCUUUUAUUGUGAAAAUGCUAAGAAAAUAAAUAUACAAUCCGAUUGAUUCACAAGCCAGCUAGACAUCAUGGAGUCGGCAACAAAUAUUUUAUCCAUUGGAGUGGAGAAUAAAGAAUCUUUGGACCACGCAUCAAAGCUUAAGCUCCACAGAAGGAAUUUUCACACCAGGUUUACAAAACGUAUGCAAAAACUAUUACUUAAUGGUUCUAAACCUUUGAAAGAUACACCCGAUCCGGAUUCAGUUGAAAGAUUUUGUGCAACGAGCACUCGGAGAAAUGGCAUUCAAUACUAUGAGUUUCGACCAGAUGAUUAUACAAAAGGAAUUGCUUUAUCUGGACCGGCAUUCGAUCCCAAAGGACUUAUUUUAAUAGUGAAGGAAAAGAUCGGAAAAGAGCACUGGAUAAAUGAAAGUGUUAUUAAGUAUCAUAACAAUUCCUUAGCUGAAAUACAAGAACUUGUUUGGGACGCCCUAAUGGAGGAGGACCGAAGAAUAUAUAAUUAUUUGCGCUAUUUGCAAGAAAAUCGUUAGUAAUAAGGAGUAUUAAAUGCCUAAUAAUUAGUUUUUAUUGUACUUUUCUGUUGUGUAACUGUUAAACUGAUAAAAUUUGUAAAUAAAUAAUUAUAGUUGGUGAUCUUCUACAUCUGAUAUUAAAUUUAUAGUUAGAUUUUUAUGUCCUAGCAAUUAUUAAGAGGUCCACCCUAAUUUGAAAAAAUUCACAAAAGCUUAUAAACAAUAAACACCCAUCCCUAAUUCUGUGCUUUGAUAGCUUUCGUUAAAAUAAUUGCAUAGUAAAUAAAUACUUGACAUUCUAUGCCAAAAGUCGAUCAGAGUCCACCAUGACGUCGAAAUCGAUAGUUUUGGCCAUAGGAACAGAGAGCAAAGACGAAAUUAAAGACAUACCGACGAUACGACACGAUCGCAAGGCCUGUUUUCAGUCCGAUUUCGAGGAACAUAUGCAGAAAAUUCUACUAAAUGGAGCUAAAUCACAGGAAAGUUUUCCCAAUGAUAAAGUUAUGCAAAGAUUUGCAGCGAAUGGAUUGAAAAAAAAUGAAUAUCAUUAUUAUGAGUUUGCUCGAGGGAUUAAUAGGGGUUGCUGGAUAAUUGAUGGACCCACAUUUGAGCCCAAGGGUAUCCUAAGGCGUGUUAAAGAACGGAUAAGCACAGAUCAUUGGAUUACAGAUAAUGUAGCCAAGUUUAAAAAGGAUUCCAGAGACUUUGUACAAAAAACCGUUAGUAAUGCCUUAGAUGAGGAACAAGUUGACAUUUACCAGUAUCUGUGUUAUUUAAAUGAAAAUUGUAAUAAAAAGUGAUUAAUUUUAUAUUUAUAUUCACAAUUCUUAAGUCUACAUAUUUCGGCUUUAUACAUAUGCAUACAUAUGUUAUUAACCAUUCACAACUGUUUAUAAACAAGAAGUUACCAUCACUAAUGAUGGGCUUUUAGUGUGAGCUUUCCGGUAAAAUGAUUUCAUUUGUAAAUAAACAACAAUAGCUUCUUAUAACAAGUCAAAAAAUCGGAACCGAAAAUGACGUCAAAAUCGAACAUUUUAAGUAUCGGAAGUGAUUUUAAAGAGUUAUCUGACAAACCGCCAAAGACAAAUAACCCAAAAGCCUAUUUUGAGUUCAAUUUCGAGAAACACAUGCAGAGGUUACUUCUCGAAGGGAAUAAACCCCAAAAUCUGGAUGCAUCAUCAAUGGAGAGAUUCGCGGCUACUGAGAUAAUGAGAAAUGGAAAACAGUAUUACGAGUUCGGACCUGAUAAUUUUAAGAGCGGAACAAUAAUAAGUGGUAUUUCUUUCAAUCCCAAAGGUAUGCUUUUACGUGUAAAGAAUAGAAUCGAUAAAGAACACUGGAUUAAAGAAAACGUAAUUCAGUAUCGAAAAAAUUCCAUGGUGCAUAUACAGCAAAUUGUUUCUGAUGCCUUGAAAGAGGAAGAAAUGGAAAUCUAUCAAUAUUUGUGUUAUCUCAACAAAAGUUUAAAUAAAAAGUGAUAUUUCUUGGUAUAAUAAAAUUUAUUAAAAAACUUC